AUGACAUGGUGCAACGAUAAUCCGUCGUCUGCACUCGCGGCAGCAGUAGCAGCAGCAGAGGAGCAAGCUGAAAGAGCCUUUCCUCCCGCCGGCGCCGCCGACGGCGUAAUUGUUCGGUUAGGCAACGAAUUUGGCGGGAACAAGUGCCCGUCGUGCGGCCACGACAUGGAAUCGUCCUUCCAGGAUCCGGGCGGCGGCGGCGGCGGGAUCCAGGAUCUGCCGGGGCUGCCGGCGGGGAUGAAGUUUGAUCCGACUGACCAAGAGAUAUUGGGACAUUUGGAGGCGAAAGUUAUGUCCGAUUCCCGCAAAAUCCACCCGCUCAUCGACGAGUUCAUCCCCACCAUCGACGGCGAGAACGGGAUCUGCUACACACAUCCUGAGAAGCUACCAGGAGUCUCAAAUGAUGGCCAAAUCCGGCACUUCUUCCACAGGCCAUCCAAGGCGUACACGACGGGGACAAGGAAGCGGAGGAAGGUGCACACGGAAGAAGACGGGAGCGAGACCAGAUGGCACAAGACAGGCAAAACCAGGCCUGUUCUCGUCGGCGGCGCGACCAAAGGAUUCAAGAAGAUACUAGUACUCUACACCAACUACGGCAGGCAAAGGAAGCCAGAGAAGACCAACUGGGUAAUGCACCAAUACCACCUCGGCAACAAUGAAGAGGAGAAAGAUGGAGAGCUGGUCGUGUCAAAAGUGUUCUACCAAACACAGCCUCGACAAUGUGGUGGUGGUGGGGUUGGAUCCAGCUCCAUCAAGGAUUCCUUUGACAGGAAUCAUCCAAGUGGUAACAGUAACGUUGAAGGUAACAGAAAUAUGAUUAUCAGUACCGGUGCUAAUACAGUAACAGCAACAGCAAUUACUAGUAGUAGUACACUAGUUGAUUACUACAGCCCAACUUUCAUGGGUUAUGAUCAUGAGAAUAGUAUCAGUGAUCAUCAGGGGAGCCACAUUAACAGAGAAAGCCCACCUCAGUUGAUUCCAAAUUUGGUGGUUCAUCAAGGUGAUGGGUCUUCCUAUAUUCGACUUGCUGGUGAUACAAGCAAAGGAAAGCUUCAAAGGAAAUGA